GGCGAACUCCCAACUGGCGUACUCCCCGUCUCCCAGGUCCCUGCCAAGUCAAAUCGCAGUCGCACGAGCCUGAGCCUAGACGCCUUCCCCGCGCCGUCCUCCCCUAUCACGACGCGCCGCCGACCUCAAACUGCGGUAGCCGCCGGCGGCCGCCUCCGCACAUCCCUCCUCCAGCCCCCGGCACCCCGCCACUCCCCUGAACCCCUCGCUACCCUCCGCCGAUCUUACUGCUAGGGAAAACAGUCUGAUUGGAAACAGGCGUGACCCUACGGUCCGCCGCUGCGAGACGGACUGCUGGGGGGCUGGGGGCUUCCUUGCAACCGGCGAGGGUCUGUGCCGCUGUCGGAAGUCCAAUCUGUGUUGGAAGUUGACGUCCUGUACCAUGGCUUCUUUGCUCUGUUCACAGAUAAAAUUGAACAAAGCAUAUUUUAGGAGGCAGGUUCAUGGGAAUGGGCUUACCAGAUUGCUCAAUUCUCUUCACUGGAACGCCCUGCGGUCAGGGCAUUUUAAAAAUCUUGUAUUGCGAUGCACUAAGAAUUUGCCUUGGGAGGCCUCGCUUCCAUAUGCUUCCGCAGAGGAUGAUGCUAGCAUUGUUAUGGGAACAAAUGUUGUUGACGCUAUUGAUACAGUGGAAGCUCCAGAAAUUCCAAUCCUCCAGAGUGAUCAGGACGUUGUGGAGGUGAAAAGUGUACCAUCUGUGCAGCUAAUGACAUUUAAACUACCAAUGUGGCUGUUAGGGCCUUCGGUUCUGUUGGUUACUGGUAUAGUUCCAACUUUAUGGCUGCCGUUGCCUUCAGUGUUUCUUGGUCCUAACAUUGCUGGACUUCUAUCCCUAGUGGGGCUGGACUGCAUUUUUAACAUGGGAGCAAUGCUGUUCUUCCUUAUGGCCGAUGCAUGUGGGCGUCCAGAGAACAAUUCAUUCGACCUGGCAAGGCAAAUCCCAACUUCUUACAGGUUGUGGAAUCUGGUUGCCAGCAUACUAGGCUUUGUUGUCCCUUUGGCUCUGCUUUUUGCAUCUCAUCGGGGAACUCUUCAGCCACAUCUACCAUUCAUUCCGUUCUCGGUGCUUCUUGGGCCAUACCUUUUACUCCUUUCGGUACAGAUGCUGACUGAGAUGCUUACAUGGCACUGGAAAUCGCCUGUUUGGUUGGUGGCUCCUGUCGUUUACGAGGGUUAUCGGGUGCUACAGCUGAUGAGGGGCCUUCAGUUGGCUGAUGAGAUCGCUGCGCCUGGGUGGAUGGUGCAGAGUCUUCGCGGUUUGGUGUCUUGGUGGGUGCUUGUCCUUGGGAUUCAAUUGAUGCGCGUUGCUUGGUUUGCUGGGCUCAAUUUUGCAAGUAAUUCAAGUUAUAGAUCGAGUGAUGGUAUGAACAAGUAGUGCAUUCGUGUUACUCAUUCUGCGACCAUGGGAAGAUCAAUUGGUUUUCAUGUCAGUGUUGGUACAUUUGUAUUUGUCACUCUUUGCAAACCUGCAUGGCCUUCAGCAGAUCGUGUAUAUGGAUAAGGACCAGGCUGCUAGAAACUCUGUGUUGUGUUGUGCAGAUAAAAAGUUCACUGUACAUAGCGUCAUAGCAUGAUACUGAACGCUGUAGUUUCAGUGUGUUAAGAAAUACUGCUUGAAUAUAGAAUAUACUGUUGUUACGUGUCUCAA